UGAAAAGUGGGCUCAUAUUUUUCUCAAAUACAAAAUCAACCCGGUUGCACUACGUUCCUCUGAGAGAGAACAGAAAGGCUACCCGAAAGUAAUGGCAGUUAGUUAAUAGUUUCUGAAAGGAACGCACAUAAUUACUCUCUGGAAGGCGACCGGGUCACUUUAGUUUCAUGGACCCCUAAGUUACGACAUUACGCUAAACUCGCUGAUCAAAUCAAUGUUGCAAAGCUUUCAGAGGUUUAUUAUACAUCCUCAUUUGCAUUCCUCUUAUGCUAACAAACUAUUCCUUAUAUGCAAUAAUACUCAAAGUCUUUCGCAAUUUUCACUUCAACAUAAAACAAUGGAUAGUUCCAAGAAAGUAAUUACAAUUGUAACUGGAAAUGCAAAUAAGUUGAAGGAAAUUAAUACAAUUCUUGGAGAAAGCUUUCCAUACGAGUUGGUGACGAACGGAGCAGACCUUCCCGAGUACCAAGGAGAUGCAGACACGGUGAGCAGACAGAAAUGUGAAUCGGCUUACUCAAUCAUCAAGGGGCCAGUGAUAGUUGAGGAUACCUGUUUAUGCUUCGAUGCUCUCAACGGUCUCCCAGGCCCCUAUGUCAAGUGGUUCCUCAAAAGUAUCGGUCCCGAAGGACUCCACAAAAUGUUGGCCGGGUUUGAAGACCAUUCAGCAAAAGCAAUGGCUACACUAGCAUACUGCGACUCAGACAAAGGAGAAGUUAUUCUAUUUAAGGGUAUAACAGCAGGAACCAUCGUUGAACCACGGGGUCAAGGGGGUUUCGGAUGGGACACAUGCUUCCAGCCUUCAGGAUACGAUAAAACUUACGCUGAAAUGUCAGCAGACGAAAAAAAUGCAAUUUCUCAUCGGAAACGAGCCAUUGAAGCAAUGCGUGAUUAUUUUAUUAACAAAUCAAAGAACUAACGAACGUAUUUAAAAUAAAAUAUGAAAUACAUCAUACCACAAAACUAA